ACCGACUUCAUUUUUUUAGUGCAUUGAACACUCGCUGUCGUGCUUAUCUGUUCCCAAAAAUUCUUGGUAACAUGGCUGCCCAGACUCUACUGGCAAAUUCAUCCAUGAAAAUGCCUUUUUCUUUCCUAAUUUGCCGACAUACGGAGACUGUUUCUCGCCUUCUUCAAUCGCAAGGCUUUCAUUCGAGAAAACGGAAAUUAUCAAUCGAGUGUUCCCAGAAUCAAAUUCGAACUCUGCGGACAUGUAAGAACUGCAAAUCACAGUUCGAGCCUUCGCUCAAUCAUCCUCGUGCUUGCUGCUAUCACCCUGCUCAUUUUGGGGGUGAAACAAAGAGAAAAUUCGAGAGUGUUUACAUAGGUGGUACUAUGGAUACUCCAGAAUCUGGAAAAGUAUUCCAAUACUGGCAUUGUUGCGGGUCUGAGAAUCCCUUUGAUCCUGGGUGCACGGCAGCACCCCAUAUUUCUUAUGAUGAUUGACGAUUAAAGCUUAAACUUCGUCAAGUUUGAGACUACUGAGGAUACGCUCAAUUGUAAGAUGUCAAAGAUAUGCCACCUCUCUUGAUUCUUUUCCGAUCGAGAUGUAUAGAUCCUGUUCAUGGAUUAACGCAAAUGUACAAGAGCUCUAUUUGCUUCUGCCAUUUUAUGAAUCUCUUCCUUUUCUAUAGGAACUUCUGUACCAGAAACAAUGGUAUCUCCAAUUAUAGCCUCUGUGGGAUGUAUGCUCAUUCGAAACCUUUGUCCGGUCAAUGUGAGGGUCGAUGUAAUUGAGAAGCGAUGUAGACAUAAGAAUGGAAGGUGAUCCAAGAGUGGACAUCGUCCUUCUCUCGCCACCUCCUAUCAGUGUGAGUUAUCUGUCUUUGAUGAGCUUCCUUGUUCGAGUUGGAGUUAAGAAGCUAAAGUUAGCCGAACCCAAGCCUAGCGUCUAGCGGGGCAAGUUAGCGAUAAGGGAGGUCAAUAGCCUCUAGCAUAUCUGCUCCUUCGUCUCUGGCACAAGAAAAUUCUUAUUAGGAAGUGGAAUGCAGCCUUUCUGUAAGCCCAUAUUUGGUUUGGCUACUUUUGGUGCUUCCUGGGAGGAGAUCUUUCUUUCGCAAGGUGUCAUAUCGAGUCAAUUACAUCGAACCUAUUUCGCAAACGAAAUCGGUCUUUGAGGAAGAUUUAGAGAGAAAGGGCGGAGUGAGAAAAUAAAAGAAUGAGAGGCCGCGAUAAUGGAUCUUUUCAAUGCUUAAUGGAAAGUUACAAGUUAAGAAUUGGCAAACAGUAAGCUUGUUAUCAGUAUUUGAACAAGUUUUCUUUCUUUCUUUCUUCAUUCCUUCCUUUCUGCCUUUUUUAUAUCAUCUUUAACAACAAAAGUGGCUGGUAGUAAGAUAUACAUAUAGUUUUUCUCUAUUGUUGUUUGUUACAAUUUUUCUUUUC